UCGCUCUUAUUCCUGUAGCCGCUCCUCGAAGUAGGCUAUAAUUAUAUCCUACUCCAUCGCAUAUAUAAUUCAAGCUCCCCGACCUUGAUUUACGGGAAUUGCAAGCACAGACUUUACCUCAAUUCUACCCAUCUCAAAGCAUUUACCUACCCUAAUUCCUAAUAGUAUCAUUAUACUAUCUUAACACAAUAAUGGCACCCCAUCUUGACGCACCGUCUCCUACUGGAAGUUUCACGAAUAGCUUCAAUAGAAUCCCCUUUCGGCCUUCUGCCUCUGCGGAAUCGGGAAUGAGUUCUCUAGUACCAACUGAGUCGCGCUCCUCAUUGGGCAGUUUCUUUGACGGCGACUCAGUGGAGGACUUUCAUAUGACACGGCCGCUGGUACCAGGCGUCUAUGUACCAACCAUGUGUUUCUUCGAUGAGGAAACAGAAGAUGUUGACACCAAUGAUAUCGCCCGCCACACGGUACGGCUUGCCAAAGCUGGCGUGACCGGUAUUGCAACGCAAGGCUCCAAUGGUGAAGCUGUUCAUCUCACGCAUGAUGAGCGUCAAGUAGUUACCUUCACCACGCGCAAGGCAUUGAACGACGCUGGUUUCUCGCAAAUUCCGGUCAUUGUCGGCUGCGGCGCCCAGAGUACUCGUGAGACUAUCCAGUACUGCUGUGAAGCGUGGCAAGCAGGUGGUGACUACGCCCUCGUAUUACCCCCAUCAUACUAUGCGCCAUUGUUUGCGCCGUCGUCAGAGACGAUCAAAGAAUAUUUCACAACAGUUGCCGAUGCCUCUCCGAUACCACUCAUCAUCUACAAUUAUCCUGGCGCCGUAAACGGGAUGGAUUUAUCAUCGGAUGUAAUCAUCGAGUUAGCGCAGCAUCCCAAGAUUGUCGGCGUUAAGUUGACGUGCGGCAACACUGGCAAGUUGAACCGCGUAGCUGCCGCAACGCGGAAGUUAUCAAAGGACUAUAAUCCAGACAAGCCCGGUUUCCUGGUCCUUGCAGGCUCGGCCGACUUCUCGAUCCAAUCGUUGAUCGCAGGAGGGCACGGUAUCCUAGCCGGCCUCGCGAACAUCGCACCGAAGGCGUGCAUUAAGACCAUCGAGCUAUUCAAAGCAGGAAGAUAUACAGAAGCCCAGAAGAUGCAGGAAAUUGUAUCACAAGGUGAUUGGACCGCCAUCCAAGGUGGCGUUGUGGGUGUCAAGUCGGGACUUCAAGCAUGGUCGGGAUACGGCGGCUAUGCGCGUAGCCCGCUCCCAAAACCGACUGCCGAGCAAACCAAAUCAUGGAAAGACGGAUUCAGAGAAUUGGUGCUGCUAGAGAAGUCCCUAUGACAGCCUGCUGACUUCCCGGGACACAGUGGUAGGGGACACGGCCUACCGACGCAGAGUUAUUACUCAAAAUUCAAGGAAAAUGGGCUUAUUAAUUUUGUGGAUUUCGCUUACGAAAAAAACAGAGAAAAAGAAAAAGGAUA